AUGUACCAUACCCAUAUGAGUGGAAGUCCGGCUUCUGUGACUUCAGUAGUGAGUGUUUCUGACGCAAUUUAUACCUAUGAAAGGCUUUCUAGGAGAGAUGAUGACGAUUCAUCAUCGUCCUCCUCUGCGUCCAGUACGGGAAAUAGUAAGUCAGCUAAAUGUACCGGCUCUAAGCAAAGCUGUGAACUACCCACGGAUUCUAAUCACAGCACUAAUGUGACUGUCGGGGUUGCCGUUGCAGUACCAGUAGGUGUCAUUAUAAUUGUCCUAGCUGUGAUACUUUACAUCGUGUAUAGGAGAAGUAAAAAAGAAGCUGAAGAAGAUAAUGAUCCAGAUUUCGAAGGCGAUUCAGAAUUUUUACCGGCAAUGCAUAAUUAUAUACCUGGAAUGAAUCAUCCGUACUCCAGUGACUCGCAGCAAGAUCUCGUGGAAAAAGCUCUGCAUCAACCGCCUUCAGAUCCAUUUGCUGAUAGCAUGGACAACAUGAGAAGCGUUACUCCACCUGGAAUCGGUCAGUCUUGGUAUGUAGACCCGUUUCAACUUCCACAGGAGUCGAGCGACUCUAGUAGUUUGAGGGAUUACGCUAUGAAAGUGCAAAGUGAUGGGUUCGGUGGCUAUAAAGCGGCAGCUAACUCCAGAAAUGCCAGUCAAAUGUCUUUUCAUCCUGAUAGUUUUUAUACGCCCGUAAGGGCACCUUCAAGAUUCCAAGAGGACGGAAGUAUUCAAUCUCACGCCAGCCCUGUUGACAAAAAUCAGGUCUUCAGCGGAUUUGCUACAGGGGAUGCGCAUAAGCAAUCGCACGUUCCUUACGAAGUGAAUGAUACAGCUACAGUUAGCAAAAAGGGUGGAGGUUCGGAUGAGUCAGAAGAAUCAUCCAGCAACGACGCGUUCGAGUUUGAACUUGAUAAUAAUUCGGAGAUGUCUCACAGAAAGAGCCUGCAGGUCGGUACAAAUGAUGAUUACGAACUCCAGGAUAUCAAAGGACCUGAACAUACGGAUGAUAGUAGCGGAAGCAAAGAUGAAGGGGAGGAAUGUUACGUGUCGCACUUGUCACCUAAUGAGGAAGAGGGUAUUCAGAGAAUGAGGAGUAUCUACCAAGUCUAUUUGGAUAGAUCUAAAACAAUGAAAAAGGAACAAGAUGAACUAGACGGUGCAAAUGCCAUAUCAAAAAGCGGAGCUGGCUUCGACAGUGUAAACCAAAACCCACUACCUUCUAUCCAAAUUAGUGAUAAUGACAAUAUUGAGGUACCAGAAGCAAAAUACCCGGGACAUGAAGUCUUUGUUGUAAAAGAUACCAUUUCAGACGGAGACGGCCGAGAAACUGCCCCAAACCAGGAACAAUACCCGAUACAAGAUACACUCGCCGUCAAUGGUACGGAAGCAGUGGCAUCUAAUAGAAUUGCUUCUUCUAUUUAUUCAGACGCAAUUCCGUCUUUGAAUCAUCAAGAUGAAUACCAGCAACAGGAGCAAUCGUCAGUAUACGACAGCUACCCACAGUAUUCUGCCUCUGAAUACAACGGGCAUAUUCAACAAGGACAUUCUAUUCCGGUGGCGCCAAUCCAACAACAACAACAAUGGUACGGUGCGCCAGCUCCUCAACAACAGCAAUAUAAUCAUCCUCAGACUCUAGAAACUAUCGGGGAAUUACCGACACCUGCAUAUUUAGCUCAAUCAGCUUCGUCGCAUUCAUUAACAUCUUUCAAGGGACCAAACAAGCAACAGCUUCUUCAAUUACAAACCGCUAGAUUAAACGGUACUGCAUUAAAUCCGGUGGAUCAUCCAGAGAUGUUUUAUUCGCCAACAAACGAUGCUUACUAUGCUCCACAACAGCAAGGCCAAUCUAUGAAAUACAAUGAAAAUGGGGUGGUUCCCUCACCUUAUCAAUUAAGACAAAGUGUGGUGAUGACGAACCCCUCAGACUUGAUAGCAAAACCAACGUAUAAACCAGCCGGUUCUUUCAGAAGUGUAAGUGCAACAAACUCAAGGAACAAUAGUUUAACCGCACAAAACAACACGUAUUUCCAGCAGCAGCAGCAGCAGCAGCAGCAGCAGUACAAUUCUCGUGUUAGUGGAAUAUUAGAAGAAACGGAUGUUGUACAACCACCCAGCGUUGGUGGUAUUCUACCCCAUAGCGGUUCACAGGACGAUUUGAGAAGACAAUUGGGCUCUUCCCAUAAUUAUGCUGUCAAUUGA